UUUUCCUCUUCCUUUGAUGAAAAAACUGUUUGUUUGCUAUUAGUUUUGGUGAUUUUUUACUGAAUUUUUACAUGAAUGUCAAUAAUUUGAUCUGAUUCACUCUUGCAUGCUUGAAAACAGACACAUAGGUGAUCUUUUUGAGCGGCUAGUGAAUGUCAAUCCCAAUUUUUUUGGGCACUGAAAGCAUCUCAGUGACAAAGCCCUUCUAUCAUUGUCAUUUUGAUGGGUUAAAGUGCCUUUGCUUCCACCAAUUAAUGCUUUGUUUAAGCUCUUUAAGUGUUUUUAUUAUGUGCUUAACUAAUAUUUGGAACAGAGAAUGUCCUCAAACGAAGAUAUUGCGGUGCGUAGAGCUGAAGAGAUUAAGGAACAACGACGAGCUGAAAGAAAGCAAAGAUUAUUCAGCUGGCCAUUGCGGUAUGAUCUAUGCAAGCAAAAUGAAAAGCCAUUUUCGUCGAGGACAAUGGAUGAUGAUGAGGUGCUUUGACACAUACCGCCACCAAGCUUUGAGAAACUGUGGAGGUUACAAGACAAGAAUGUUGAAACAAAUUCAGUGUAAUCCCGUAGGUAGGCUGCAGUGAAAGAGAGACAGUAACUAAAAUUCAAAAUUGUUAUUGGAAGGGCACCGUUCUUAUAUCAUUUUUGCACAUAUGUAAACUGAGACCUAUAUUAUAUUUAGAUUUUCUUUUAUUGGUUUCUUUGCUUAUCAGUUUCUAUUCAAAAUGUGGGAAUUUAGCUUUGGCGCAAUGUGAUUGAUUUAAUUCCUGAGAGAGAUGGUGAUUGCAUUACUUCAAGGCUAUGUGCAACUUAUUUCAUGCUUAUUCUGGCAUAGUGACUCUGCUAAUGAGGCUUGUUUUGUUGUGCUUCUAAUCAGAGUUCUCACCAUUUCUUUCUUAGGUCAGGUUUGAAGCUCCAUUAAUAAUUGUAUCACAAGUUUUCUAUAUAUAAUUAGGAAGAUUGUACAAAAAUUCUCGCGUUUGAUUAUGGUACUGGAAUGAAGUGAUUCUCAAUUGUU